AUGGCUGUGCCCCCGCCCGACGAGUACAGAACCUCGUACGAUUUACCACUGCUGGAAGAACCAACUCUGGCCAUAAGGCCAAACCCAGCAUCACUGCAAUUCACGGAGUAUAGCUUGGCUCUCUACUAUCUGUCCACCAGCCUAAAUCUUGACGCUACAACCUUCCAACAAUCCGGAUAUCUGGCUGAAAUUGGAAAUGAAUUGCCGUACGGUCCACGAGAGUUCUUGGCAAUUAUCACUCGAUAUUAUUGCAUCGCCUUACAACAGCAUGAUAUGAUGCAGAAGAGACAUGCCAAACGCCCAACUCUAAGACUCCAGCUUGACCCGACCAUCACAUGGAAGGAUUUGGACAAGAAAAUCACGGAACAACUCAAGGCGGUUCUCCGCAUAAUCAGAUCACUUGCUAAUGAGCUUGGAAAACACUACCACGAAGAUAUCAUCCCUCAAUUUAUCUCCGACUUGUCACAGUUAGAGUCCGCUCCUCCCGUUGCGAAUAUCUCAGUCCGCGAGUGUAGAAUGUGGUGUCAAGUGAACACCACCGAGUUUCGAAGACGCCUACAAACUGCAAAUGGUAGCACCGAGUUGCGUGCUGCUAUGGAUGAGAUUUCCGGUAUGAUUACCGGAGAUGUUGUGACUGUACCAAGCCCAUGCGCUUUCAGGAUCGAUGGAAAGGGAGUUGAGAGCAUCGUCACGCCGUAUGUCUACUUCGUCUGCACCGGAAUGGAUAAGGAUGGGAACAAAGUCCACAACUUGGUGCAUGUAGGUUGCACCAGGGAGAGGCACAACAUGUGGAAAAUGCUUCAGGGCCAUCGCGAUCAAGCCAGAGAUGACUUGAUUGGCCAAGAGGCCAUUAACGCAUGGGGAAACUUAUACGGCCAGCUUGUCCAACUGGGUGUAGAUCGUUCCGAAGGCACCUUCCAGUUAAGAGAAGACCUGAUGCAAGGCAAUUCUCAAGAAUUGCCGGUUUGGGCUCGCGGGAUGGUUACGAACAAGCUGCGUGCCUGCGCCAACCACGUCGGCCAAUCCUUCCGGCAAGUUAACUGGAAUCAGGCAGCCACCAUGGGCUGUUGCUUCAUCUGUAAAACAGCCAUAUCUUUCGAAGAAGUGGAGAACAAGGACUUUCACAAGGAGGCGAGAUGUAUCAGCCUGCAGAUGAGAAGAGACUGCCCGCAUUCCUGCGCUGAGGUGGCAACUAGCGGACCAUUUCAGAUCCGGGACACAUUGAGCUUCAGGGUGUUUUUGUGA